AUGCGAUCCCUAGCGAUACAAUGGGCCGCGACGAAGCUGCUUUGCGUUGUAGGCGACGAGAGGCUGCGCCUCCCUUCCCUUCGCGGCCUUUCGUCGCCUUCGGAGAAGCCGCGCCUCCUUUCCCUCGCGUUUUCCUUUUCAGCAGCCCCAUCUCCACUUUUCAAAUCCCUUCCCUUCUCCCUCUCUUCCCUUUCGAUCUCCCCUUCCCGCCUCCCCAUUUCCCCUUCCCGCCUCCCCAUUUCCCCUUCCCGCUCCCCAUUACCCCUUCCCGCCUCCCCGUUUCCCCUUCUCGCCUCCCCAAUUCGCGUUUCAGCCUCCCCGUUUUCCCUUCCCGCUCCCCAUUACCCCUUCCUGCCUCCCCGAUUCCCAUUCCCGCCUCCCCAAUUUCCCCUUCCCGCUCCCCAUUACCCCUUCCCGCUCCCCAUUACCCCUUCCCGCCUCCCCGUUUCCCCUUCCCGCCUCCCCAAUUUCCCCUUCCCGCUCCCCUUUACCCCUUCCCGCCUCCCCAUUUCCCCUUCCCGCUCCCCAUUUCCCCUUCCCGCCUCCCCAUUUCCCCUUCCCGCCUCCCCAUUUCCCCUUCCCGCCUCCCCAUUCCCCCUUCUCGCCUCCCCUUUACCCCUUCCCGCCACCCCAUUUCCACUGCCCAAGUUCCUUUUCAGCAGCCCCAUCUCCACUUUUCAAAUCCCUUCCCUUCUCCCUCUCUUCCCUUUCGAUCUCCCCUUCCCGCCUCCCCAUUUCCCCUUCCCGCCUCCCCAUUUCCCCUUCCCGCUCCCCAUUACCCCUUCCCGCCUCCCCGUUUCCCCUUCUCGCCUCCCCAAUUCGCGUUUCCGCCUCCCCGUUUUCCCUUCCCGCUCCCCAUUACCCCUUCCUGCCUUCCCGUUUCCCAUUCCCGCCUCCCCAAUUUCCCCUUCCCGCUCCCCAUUACCCCUUCCCGCUCCCCAUUACCCCUUCCCGCCUCCCCAUUUCCCCUUCCCGCCUCCCCAAUUUCCCCUUCCCGCUCCCCUUUACCCCUUCCCGCCUCCCCAUUCCCCCUUCUCGCCUCCCCUUUACCCUUUCCCGCCACCCCAUUUCCCCUUCCCGCCUCCCCUUUAUCCCUUCCCGCCUCCCCAUUUCCCCUUCCCGCCUCCCCAUUUCCCCAUUUCUUUCCAGCCCUCCCAUUUUAUUCCAGCCCCUUCCAUCCCUUUCCAGCCCCUCCCAUCGCAUCCCCAUGUUGUGCCACCCUGUCUCUCCCUUCCCUCUCCAUGCCACCCUGUCUCUUUCCAGCCCUCUCCAUGCCACCCUGUCUCUUUCCAGCUUCCUUCCCUCACGAUGAGAGUCUAA